AUGCCUGCGUCACCACCGAGAACGAGCCCUGCGAGCUCCACGCGCGCGGACGCCCAUUCCGCUCCGGUGGCACAUCAAGACGUCGCCGAGUCCUCCCUGCCGCUGCCCGAAUCCCUGCAGCACCACGUCCCCGGCCCGCCGCUCUACCAGCCCGCCGGUCUCCAGUUGCCAAGCUAUGCAUACCAGCUCGACGUCGACAGCGCCUCGGGCAGCAGCAGCGACCACUUCUACUCGGAUGUUGAUUCCGCCGUGGGUUCGUCGACCGCCGGCUCGACGACGACAUCUCUCAACUCCGAGGUCGUGAACUAUCGCUACGAGCACGGCCGACGCUACCAUGCUUUCCAAGAAGACGCGUACUGGCUGCCCAAUGACGACGACGAGUCCGACCGCCUCGACCUCCAGCACCAUGUCUGGCGCCUGUCGCUGGACGGCGCCUUGCACGCCGCCCCGAUCCCGCCCAAUGUGCAGGAUGUCCUGGACGUCGGCACCGGCUCUGGAAUCUGGGCCAUUGAGUUUGCCGACGAGAACCCCGCCGCCCAAGUCAUUGGCACCGAUCUAUCUGCGAUCCAGCCUGAAUGGGUACCUCCGAACGUGACUUUUUUGGUGGAUGAUGCCGAGAGCGACUGGAAUUUCGACGGCAAGAAAUUCGACUUCAUACAUGCUCGGAUGCUCUGCCUGGGCAUGCACAAUUGGCAGCGCUUCAUUGCACAAUGCUACCAGCACCUGAAACCCGGUGGCUGGCUCGAGCUGCAAGAGGGGCAGCUCCCCACGAGGUGCGAUGAUGACAGCGUGACAAAGGAUGAUCCACUGCAGAAAUGGGCAAUCCUGGUGCAUGAGGCAGCCGCUACAGGAGGCAUCGAUACAAUGGCCAGUGACAAAUUCCCGCAACAGAUGAAGGACUUAGGCUUCGAAAAUAUAAAUGAGCAAGUCGUGAAAUGGGCUGUCGGAGCCUGGCCGAAGGGACAGAAGCAAAAGAUGCUUGGGCGGUGGACGUUUGAAAACUUGAGUCAGGGCCUCCAGGGCAUAAGCCUUGCGCUUCUGACCAAAGUUCUUGGCUGGUCGAGAGAGGCAGUUGAAUUAUUCCUUGUUGAUGUGCGAAAAGACAUGGCUAACCGUAAGAAGCAUUAUUACUGGCAGAUGACUGUCCACUGCGCUCAGAAACCGUCCGGAGAUGACUCCUGA